CCCGGCUCGGCCCCGACUUCCUGCCGCGCUGGGGAACCGCGCGCAGACCCGCGUCCCCGACGCCCGGCUGCUGCAGGGGGCGGGAGCAGCGGCGGCCGAGGUCCCUUCCGAAAGCGACUUUCAAACUCGCGCCCGCUUCGCGGCGCCACCUGGGCAGCGCCUCGCGUGUCCGGAGCCGGCGGAGCGGCGACCGCGCGAAUCUCCCUGAGGUGCCCUCCCCAGGCAGCAAUGCCAGGAUGCCUGUCUCUGCCACCUUUCAUCAAGAUGGCAGCAAGGAGCGGCCAGUGAGCCUGACGUCCUCCACCUCUUCGUCUGGCUCCUCCCGUGACAGCCGCAGCGCCAUGGAGGAGCCCACUGGCCCCGCGGCUUCGGCCCAGAACGGGCAUGCCCCCAACAGCAACAACAAUUCCAGCGGCCGGCUGAACGCAAAGGGACCUCUCUCCCCAUGCAGCAUCCGGGCGGUGGGGCCCACACACCACAAGCUCAGCUACCUGGGCCGAGUGGUGCGGGAGAUUGUGGAAACGGAGCGGAUGUACGUGCAGGACCUGCGCAGCAUCGUGGAGGACUACCUCUUGAAGAUCAUCGAGACACCUGGGCUGCUGAAGCCAGAACAAGUCAGCGCCCUCUUUGGGAACAUAGAGAGCAUCUAUGCACUGAACAGCCAGCUGCUCAGAGACCUGGACAGCUGCAACAGUGACCCUGUGGCUGUGGCCAGCUGCUUCGUGGAAAGGAGCCAAGAGUUUGAUAUCUACACCCAGUACUGCAACAACUACCCCAACUCAGUGGCUGCGCUGACGGAAUGUAUGCGGGACAAGCAGCAGGCCAAGUUCUUCCGGGACCGGCAGGAGCUGCUGAAGCACUCGCUGCCCUUAGGCUCCUACCUGCUGAAGCCCGUCCAGCGCAUCCUCAAGUACCACCUGCUGCUCCAGGAAAUUGCCAAACAUUUUGAUAAAGAAGAGGAUGGCUUUGAGGUGGUGGAGGAGGCCAUUGACACCAUGACCUGCGUGGCCUGGUACAUUAACGAUAUGAAGAGGCGGCAUGAGCAUGCAGUCCGGCUCCAGGAGAUCCAGUCUCUGCUCAUCAACUGGAAAGGACCUGACCUGACCAUCUAUGGGGAACUUGUCCUAGAGGGCACCUUCCGUGUGCACCGUGUACGCAAUGAGAGGACUUUCUUCCUCUUCGACAAAACACUGCUCAUCACCAAGAAGCGGGGAGAUCACUUUGUCUACAAGGGUCACAUCCCGUGCUCCUCGCUGAUGCUGAUCGAAAGCACCAGAGACUCCCUCUGCUUCACCGUCACUCACUACAAGCACACCAAACAGCAGUACAACAUCCAGGCCAAGACAGUGGAAGAGAAACGGAGCUGGACUCACCACAUCAAGAGGCUCAUUCUGGAGAACCAUCACGCCACCAUUCCCCAGAAGGCCAAGGAAGCCAUCUUGGAAAUGGACUCCUAUUAUCCCAGUCGGUAUCGGCGAAGCCCAGAGAGGCUGAAGAAAGCGUGGUCAUCCCAGGACGAAGUGUCUGCUCACGCACGCCAGGGGCGCCGGCAGUCUGAGCCGACCAGGCACCUGCUCAGGCAACUCAGCGACAAAGCCCCUCGCCCAUGUGCUGGGGACCCAGUGGUGGUGUCAGCAGCCAGAGCAGCAGGAAUGAAGGGGAAGGGACGCCGGGAGUCUGAAGGCCCCAAGAGCUGCAGAACGCCCAGCAACAGAUCAACCAGUGGUGAGAAGCACAUGAGCUUCGAGUCUGUCUCCUCCCUGCCAGAGGCUGAAGCAGACCCUGGUCCUGGGGCCGAGCAGGAGGUCUUUGCUGUCAUGGAAGGUCCUGACACCGAGGAGAUGCCUUCAGACACAGAGCCACCUGAAGUCCCAGAAACAGGAGCUGACACUCACCAGGAGCUGCUGGGGAUGGACCACCCACUGGACAUGGUGGGCUUCAUGGUGGCCGAGAGCACCGAGGACCUUAAGGCCCUGAGCAGUGAGGAGGAGGAAGAGAUGGGGCCAGCCCAGGAGCCCGAAAGCCUCUUGCCACCCUCUGUGCUAGACCAGGCCAGUGUCAUUGCUGAGCGGUUUGCCAGCAGCUUCUCUCGGCGCAGCAGUCUGACCAUGGAGGAUGGCAGUGGCAAGUCUAGUGGCUUUGGGACGCCACGGCUGGUCAGCCGGAGCAGCAGCGUGCUCAGUCUGGAGGGCAGUGAGAAGGGCCUGGCCCAGUGGGGCAGCACAGUGGACUUACUCAGCUCCCAGCCUGCCCUGGAAGUGGGCAUCAGCACGGGGCUGGCCACAGAGAGUGGCUCUUGUGCCAACAGGACCAAGUCCGCAGAUGUAGGCUGCCCAGUGGAGCCCAGCAGAUCUUCCUGCAAGGACUCAGCACUCUCCACCCGAGAUCGCCUGUUGCUGGAUAAAAUUAAGAGUUACUAUGAGAACGCAGAGCAUCACGAUGCAGGCUUCAGUGUGCGGCGCCGGGAGAGUCUUUCCUAUAUCCCCAAAGGACUGGUGAGGAGCUCUGUUUCCAGGAUCAACAGCCUUCCGGGGCCAGACGUGAAGCCGGCAGCUCCGGUGGGGUACAAGAGACAGGGGGGCUCCCGGGUGGCACCAUGGACCUUGUUUGACCUCCCAGGAUCCAGCCAGGCGGUCAUAGAGGACCCAGCUCCUAUCACAGAUGCUGAGUUCCGCCCGUCGUCGGAAAUUGUGAAGAUGUGGGAGAGAAUGGAGUCUGCUGAGCGAAGCCCCCAGAUGGGACUGGGCCAGGCUCAGGCCAACGGCUUUGACCUACAGGAGCCACUAUUUAUCCUGGAGGAGCAUGAGCUCGGGGCCAUUACCGAGGAGUCGGCUACCGCCUCUCCGGAAAGUGCCUCACCCACCGAGCUGCCCAGCCGGGCCCACUUGGCCCAGGAGCUGAAAGAGCUGGUGAAGGAGCUGAGCAGCGGGGACCAGGGGGAGCUGGUUACCCCACUGCACCCGCGCAUCAUGCAGCUGUCGCAUGUGAUGGACAGCCAGGUGAGCGAGCGUGUCAAGAACAAAGUCUACCAGCUGGCCCGCCAGUACAGCCUCCGGAUCAAGAGCAUCAAGGCAGUGCCUGCCAGGCCGCCACUGCAGUGGGAGAAUGCAGCUCCAGAUAUGGACAGGAAGAGCUCCACUGUUCCCUGCCUGCAGGAGGAGGCGGCAGAGCUGUCCAGUGGCAAAGGCCAGAGGAAGCCUGUGCUGUCUCUCCUCAGCUAUGAGCAGUUGGUGGCCCGGGAGCACAGCCCCCUCAAACCCCCCUCUGCUGGGGAGACAUCGCCUCGACGCUUCUCCUUCAGCCCCUCUGCAGCCAGUGCAAAGACCACCUCGCCAGGAGCCCGGCUCAGCCCCUUUGACACCGAGACCUUCCACUGGCCUGAUGUCCGAGAGCUGUGCUCCAAGUACGCCCAUGACCUGGCUGCUCAGACCGAGGGUAGCCGGCCUCGUGCCCCACCAGUCAACCGGAGUCGCUCAGUGCCUGAGAACAUGAUGGAGCCUCCCGUGUCGGGCAGGGUGGGCCGCUGCUGCAGCCUGAGCACCAAGAGCAGCCAGGGAGGUGGAGAGGCUGCCCAGCCCCCGUCUCCUGGGUCGCCGACCCAAAGUGGACUGAAUGGAGGCGAAGCCCUAUUUGUCACUGCAGACCUCACCCUGGACAGUAACCAGCGGGUGAUUGUCCUUGAGAAGAGGCCACUUCCCAGCCCCACUGUGGGGCCCGAGGAGGAGGGUGGCACGCAGGGACCAGGUUCACCAGAGGCCAUGGAGGGACAGGGCCAAGAUUCCCAGGAGUCUUCAGAGCACUGGCUGAAGGAAAGAGGUCCCAGGGACUCAGAAGGCCCAAGCAAGCAGGGCCGAGUGAGAAACCUGAGAGAAAAAUUCCAGGCUUUGAACUCUGUGGGUUGACUGGCUCCUGUGGGGGAGGAGCCAUGUUGGGAUGGAGAAGACACCCCCACCCCCCGCCCCCCCUGUCCACAAAAACUGGUCCCUCCCCUGCCCUGGAAGAGAGCUCUAGAGUGAGCAUGUGGCCUCCCCUGUGCCUGGUGCCCCCUGGGGCUUGUGACAACUUUUCUCAGGCCCAGAUGAGCCAUCCCCCCACCCCCCAAAGCUGCCGUGGCCAUCUCCCUUGUACAUAGUUCUCUGGUAAGAAACCAGGUAUUUAAGUUCACCUUGGCCAGGGAGAGGAAGCACUGCUCAGGCCUCCACCUUUGGCUGCUCACUGCCAGGCGGAGGACCUGGGGGAGAGCCAGGAAGCAGCCUGGGCAGGCUUUGCUCUUUGUGCCUUUUCUUAGGACUCAGGCAGAAAUGAGGCCAAUAAUUUAUUACUUUCCAUCCUGUGGUGUGUGUGUGUGUGUGAGUGAUUGUGUGUCCUCCUGUUGUUUAUCCCCUCCUGUGAAGAAUGGAAUGGACUUAGUGCAGGUACUUUGGAGGGUUGUUGCUGACCCUGCUGUUGUCGCUCAUGUACACACAUUUCAUUAUUUGCCAAUGGUGCAAUAACCACUGCUGACCAACUGA